CUGACGAGUCCCCUAUCCAUGCUGCUGGAUGCACGAAAAAGGUGUUUUCCUUCCGCUAAAGUGAGGUUCAGGGAUAAGACGCCGAUCAGCCCUCCACACCUAAAAAGCCCGGCGCAGCCUCUCCCUCCCGCCUUUUCCCACCUCCACACAACCCUGAACAACUUAAUAUUUUGGGGCGCUGGCAAUUGGUCUCGAGAUCGCAAACUCUUAAAAACGUGCCCGCCUGUCACCACCUGCAUCACAUCCCGCCGUUCACGUCACUGCUUCUGCCGAGUGCCAAAGAGCCCCCAACUCAGACCUUUCGGCUCUCAGUCUCAAAUGCGCCUUUAUACAUUCGAGCCCGACCGCGACUCGCUCCCUAUUACCCCUCGACUGCUCAGUGUCUCCUGAAAGCGCGGAAAGACCACCCAACGGGCGAAUUCCCACCUCCCUGUCGGACUUGCCCAUAUGUUAUCCUUACCCUCGAGAAGCCGCAGGAACUCCUACACCAAUCUGCAGGGUUUGGUCGUCGCAAGGAAUGCAAGCUCAGAGGACCAAAGCGGAGCUUCAGCAACAUAAAGCAAAACUUGCCAACUCCUACUCGGAGUUACUCGACCAAUUUGCCUCGAAGGAACUCAAGACAGUGGGAAACUACUCGUUAGGGAAACUCAUCGGAAAGGGCUCCUUCGGCAAGGUCUAUCUUGCCAAGCACAACUUGACAAAUGGCUCCAAGGUCAGUUUUGGCGUCGACGACACCUGGCACCUCAUGCCCGCAGUCGCUGACUGGCAGUCCCAAAAGGUGGUACUCAAGGCCUCGAGUAAAGACGACCCGAACCUCGCGAGAGAGAUCCACCAUCAUCGACAGUUCAUUCACCCUCACAUUGCUCGACUAUACGAAGUUAUAAUAACGGAAUCUCUUGUAUGGCUAGUUUUGGAAUAUUGUCCUGGCGAUGAGUUGUACAAUUAUCUAUGCAAGAAUGGAGCACUUCCCGUCGAAACUGUGCAGAAGAUUUUCACUCAGCUGGUCGGAGCGGUUGCAUAUAUCCACAGUAAAUCAUGUGUCCAUCGAGAUUUGAAAUUGGAGAAUGUCCUUCUCGACAAGAACGACAACGUCAAGCUUUGCGAUUUUGGCUUCACCAGGGAGUACGAGGGAAAAGCGAACUAUCUGCAGACAUUUUGUGGCACAGUAUGUUACAGUGCGCCAGAAAUGCUGAAAGGCGAGAAAUAUGCGGGCGAGAAGGUCGACGUCUGGAGUCUGGGAAUCAUUCUCUACGCGCUGUUGAAGGGCGAACUACCCUUCGAUGAAGACGACGAUGCAGCCACAAAGGCGAAGAUAUUGAAAGACGACCCCGUCUAUCCAGACACCUUCCCGGAAUCCGCAAAGACUCUGAUCUCCAAGCUCCUCUCGAAGCGGCCUCUGCACAGACCCAGCUUGUCAGAUAUCCUCGCCGACCCUUUUCUGUCAGACCAUGCACCUCAUCAACAAGCGAUUCUGAAACUUUCACAGCCCGCAGCAUUCACUACUCAGCUGGAGAAGGAUACUUUGGAACGAAUGAAGUCGGCGGGUGUGGAUAUCGACAAAGUCAUUGAGAAUGUCCUUUCGCAACGUUGCGACACGCUAUCUGGAUGGUGGGCGCUGCUCAUUGAGAAAGAGACAAGGAAGCAAGCGCGAAAGGAACGCAAGCGGAGAGACAGAGAAGCAGAGUUGAAGAUCCUCAGGCGGCUGAGUGGUGCUAGCAGCAGGCUGGAGAGGAUCGCACCCACGCUGGUUGAGGUCGAUGAAGAGCAUUCUCCCGGUGAGCUUGAAAGCCGUCGGAGCACCAGUCGAGGCAGGACACAACGAAGAAGUACACCUCAGAUAUUGGUCGGCGACUUGCCUCAGCUUCCUGAAGGAGACGUGAUAAAGUCUCCCGGGGCUGAAACACCACCGCCGCCUCCGAUCGAUAAAGACUCUGUACGCUCUCGGAGCGGUUCUCGACCUCCCAUACCGCCCAAGGAACGCAAUCGACGGAGUAGCACGCUACAGCUCGUGACAACAAACCCCGAUUUACUGGGUCCCCUGAAUGGAGUGAACAAGAGACGAAGUGGAAGGUUUCGCAACCGACAGUUUCUGAGCCAGCUUACCUCAUUGAAGCAGUGGAUUAUCGACUCCACGAAGCGAGCCAAAUCGCCAGUCAGUCCUAGGAUCGACAAAAUCUUGAAUGGACAUUCCAACAACGUCUCCAAAGCAACCCUCUCCAGAGACUCUAACCAGGCGAACAAGAGCACCAGAAAUGUUGCAAGCACGCCAAAUCCAAACAGAUCCUCGAACGGGUCCGCGCUUGCUCCCUUCAUCUCCAACUCAAACCCUCUUCCCUCUGUUAAAAAUCCAGCGCCUCGGAUCGAUACCGCCCGUGGGAGACCUCAUCGCAACUCUCUCUCACCUUCACCUGUAACUCCCCGCUCUUCAUACCGACGCAGUUCCACCGGUCUGCGGAGCCGAAAAUCGACAUCCUCGUCCGUUUCAUCAAUCCGAAGCAUGCCCCGACACAACACCUCUCACAGCAAAGCCUCCUCUCAGAGCUCUAACAGCCUUGACACGAUUCAGAGCCCUACAAGCCGCACGGUCAGUCUCAGCGGCCGCUCUCCCCACCCCUCGAUAAAAGUUCUCCCCGUGACGCCUACGGCCAAUGCUUUCCCUUCGAAUAUCCGGAUAGUCCGGACUCCUAGAGGCUCCGAUGCUGGCCUUCAGCCGCGCCCGCUCUCUGGGGUGGGGAAUGAUAUCCUCAAUCCCCCACCAGGUACACCGCAGGCGCACGCUUUCGGCUCAAACGUCAUGUUCGCUCGACGGAAGAAGUCGCCGUUCAAAGGACCUAUGCUUAACUCGGCCUUUUUCUCCGCGUCGACACUCCCCGCCGCGUUCGGAAGCCCUGCAAUCGUUGGCGCUGGAAGGCAACGUGAGGGAUCGGACGGGAAACCCAACUUGGGUCUCAAAGAUUUCAUGGGCGGAGGUGGCAGAAGAAACAGCAAAUCGAAGAGGAAAAGCCAAAUCAUCGAGGAAGAGGAAGAGGAUGAGCAAGGUGCCAUUGGUGACGAGGAGGAAGAUGUUGAAGAAGUGGACGCUUUUCAAGCGGUUCAUCUCAACAAGGGUGAAAGACUUGACAGUAUUACGAUUUGGAAUGAUGCUGUUCCUGAGGGUGCAGAUGAAGACGAUUACGGCGACGACGACGGACGGAAAGUAAGCGCAGGGAUUUACACCUGACAUGGUUUGCGAAACAGCGUUGCUUGCAUCAUUCUGCCACUGUCUUUGACGGGUCAGCAGGAGUCUAAAAGAAGGGAGUCACGAAUAUGCUUUUGGGGAGUUCGAUCCUCUAUUUCAGUUGUUUGAAGCGGACAGAUGUUGGAGGGACACGGCGAGGAUGAGACUCAGGGCGGAGGCCGGAGUUUUCCUUUUUCCGACGAAGAUGCAGUAAUGGAUAUGAACGGCUUGUUGAUAAGAGCACGGGGUCUCAUAGCCUUACUUUUUUCUUGUACGAUAUGAUAUAGCCUGGGAGACCUAGGUACCGUUUUGACUGUCGUCUUUGCUUUUCGAUAAGGCUGAACUUCAGGGGCCACGGG